AGUUCGGCGGGAGGAAACAUGGCGGAAGAGGAGAGACAUGCCGCGGAUUCUGCGCCAGAGUCAGUGCAAUGUCCCGUUUGUUUGAAAACCUUUACGCAGUUUACAAUCAACAGACACUUGGACGUUUGUUUACUCGGCGAGACCGUAAAUUACAGCACGAUAAAAGCAGAAGAAAGCGCUUCUCCCGCCGUGAAGAGAGCGCGGACCGAGGACACGGCGGUGCUCCAGGUCCCACAGGUCCCACAGGUCCUCCAUUCCACGGCUCCAUCCUCACCAGCUCCAUCCUCCACGGCUCCAUCCUCCACGGCUCCAUCCUCCACGGCUCCAUCCUCACCAGCUUCAUCCUCACCAGCUUCAUCCAUGUUCGCUCUGUUUCAACCCAACAAGAACAGAUCCCCAGUGCCUAGUGGGAAGCUUUUUAAUAAACUAAACUCUGCGAAUCCUCUCAGUAAAGGCGUAAAACGUGGGUUAGUGGAAGAACCUGGACAGAACCUGGAGAAUGCAGGGAAAACGAAAGAGAUGUGCCAAACCAGUGCUCAAACUUCUGCUCAGACUCCUGCAGAAGCACCAAAAGACCUCAGAAGGACACUGUUCACUCUUGAUAAACCUCUGGCUGAAAUCCUGCGUCCCAAAUCGUUGGAGGAGUACUUUGGGCAGAAUAAAGUGGUUGGAGAGCAUACUUUACUCAGGUCACUGCUGGACACACAAGAAAUCCCUUCUCUGAUCCUGUGGGGACCACCUGGAUGUGGAAAGACGACUCUCGCUCACAUAAUCGCCUGCUCCAGCAAAAAGAAGGGCACAUCGCGCUUCGUCACGUUGUCCGCCACCAGCACCUCCACAAACGAAGUCCGUGAGGUCAUCAAACAGGCUCACAACGAGCUCCGGCUCUGCAAGAGGAAAACCAUCCUGUUCAUCGACGAAAUCCACCGUUUCAACAAAUCACAACAGGACACGUUCCUCCCUCAUGUAGAGAAUGGGACCGUGACCCUGAUCGGAGCGACCACAGAAAACCCGUCGUUCCAGGUGAAUGCCGCGCUGCUGAGCCGCUGCAGAGUGCUGGUGCUGGAGAAGCUGUCUGUGGAGGCCAUGAGCUCCAUCCUGCAGAGGGCGGUGGAGAGUCUGGGGAUCACGGUGACGGAGGCAGCUCCAGACAAACUCACACCCCCAAAAGAGUCACAAGGACCAGGCCCAGUGAUUUACAUACAGCAGCAAGCACUGGACACUAUCGCAUAUCUGUGUGACGGUGACGCCAGGACGGGUCUGAACAGUCUGCAGCUCGCCGUCCAAGCUCAGGUCAGCCUCGCCCAGAGUCAGGGUUUACGAGGCGGAGCUGCGGAGGUGGUGGUGGUGAAUGAGGGGCAUGUUAAAGAGGGACUUCAGAGAUCACACAUCCUUUAUGACAAAGCUGGAGAGGAGCACUAUAACUGUAUCUCUGCGCUGCACAAGUCGAUGCGAGGGUCCCAUGAGAGUGCGUCUCUGUACUGGCUCGGCCGUAUGCUGGAGGGGGGAGAGGACCCUCUGUACGUGGCCCGUCGCCUGGUGCGCUUCGCCAGUGAGGAUGUGGGUCUGGCGGAUCCGUUGGCUCUUCCACAAGCCGUCUCUGCGUUUCAGGCUUGUCAUUUCAUCGGGAUGCCUGAAUGUGAGGUCAUCUUGGCUCAGUGCGUCGUUUACCUCGCCCAAGCGCCCAAGUCGGUGGAUGUGUACAAAGCCUAUAAUAACGUGAAGGCCUGUCUGAGGAACCACAAGGGCCCGCUGCCUCCUGUGCCUCUUCACCUCCGAAACGCUCCCACUAAACUCAUGAAACAGCUCGGCUACGCUAAAGGCUACAAGUACAACCCGGCCUUCAGCGCGCCCGUGGAGCAGGAGUACUUACCACGAGAGCUGAGGGAUAUCAACUUCUUCACCUGGACUCCCUCGGAAUAAUGGUUUAGUUAUAAAACAAAAACGUGCUAAAAAAGAUGGAGCUAUUUUCUAAUCUCUGUUCUGAUAUUGUUUCCUCGUCACAGACAGACCUGGAGUUGUGUUUUUUUGUUUCAUUCACACAUGUUUAACACACAAACCUGCAUAUUUAGGCUCUUCUCAAACUGAAAACUCUCUGUUCCACCUUGUGAUGUCAUCAUGUGGUGAUACAGGAAGUGCUCCAUGGUGUUUUUAAACUCCACACACCUUCAUUUCUAGAGUCAUUUGGAUCAUUUCCGCUUCUGGAGUUGCCACUUAUCUCAUCUGAACUGAAGGUAAAAUGAGCUGUUAAACCAGUUGAAAAGUACCACUUCAUGACAUCACAAGGUGGAACAGAGCAUUUUGAGCUUUGGGACAUGGUGGGUCAAACAUGUGACUAAAAAAAUAAUACAACAAUACAACUGCAGGUAUGUUUUUGAGGAGGUGAGAAAAUUAUAACACGGUUUAAAGCUACAAUAACCCAUUUUGCGUCACGUAGGAGUGUUGUAAAUUGUAAAUUGUCCUAUUUUUAUACAGCGCUUUUCCAUCUUUAAGACACUUUACAUCAAGAACCACUCACACGUUCACACACAGACACUGGUGGGUUUAGUGUCUUGCCCAAGGACACAACAGCAGCAUUCAUCUGUGGGAGCUGGA